AUGAUGGCAACUCUUGGUCCUAGGUCCAUCAACGAGAAGAAGUUCACUUCAUGGAGCACGAACCUUGUUGAUGUAGGACUGGAGUGGGACACCGAAUUUCCCAAUGUAUCGAUGCCUGAAGUAAAGAUCGAGAAGGCGCGUCUCCGAAUCCAAGCCAUGCGGUCCGCCCAGCGCACGACCAAAACGGAGUUGGCCAAGCUUCUGGGAAGUCUGCGCCACGUGUGCAUCUGUGUUCGCCCCGGAAAGCCAUUCUUUCAACGACUAAUCAUGCUGUGGAAACGGAGUGAGAACCCUUACGCGCAAGAGUUGAACCGGGAAAGUCUAGAGCGGCAAUUGGUCACCCUUCAAGUCAACUCCCUCGUAGAAACCUCGCGGCGUCAAUACAAGAUUACCUUGAAUCAGUGGUGCAAGUUCAGCGCACGAAUCGGAUGGCGCCGUAAUUACCACGAGAUUUCCCCCAUAUACAGUCUCUUCGGUUGGCUCUCUUUGCUGUCGACGCAUGGAACGCCGACGGAGACACCAAACCCAAAUCAGCGAGAUAUAUCCAAGGCCAAAUCAGCCAUAUCAAGUGGUUCCACCGAGUGUUUGCUGGAUUUACACCGCACGUCAAUGAAACCCACGCAGCAGCAUUAAAAGGAAUUCGACGAGCCCGCUCCCAAGAUCGCCUGUUACGCCAAGAAUGCUCGAGUGGAUCAGUCAACACAUCGACUUCACCAACCCCAAGCACCGCCUCUUUCUUGGGGCUACGGUGCUGGGCUAUUUAUUUCAGCUCAAGAGCCUCCGAGUUGCUGUCAGUAAGGGGAGGACGACGUAGCUACGCGCUCCAAGUAAGAGAUGUGCAAGUUUUAGAUAACAUGGGUGCGGUGGCGCGACGCGCAACAGAGUCUACUGCGGUGAAAAUCACGCUGAGAAGAAGUAAAAAGGAUCAAUACGGCCAAGGCACAACGAGGAUUCUCAAUCAAUCUGGCCACAAUUGCAUCUGUCCGGUUGUUGCUGCGAAGAUACUUCUGGGGAACGCGCAAAGAUUAAACCUUAACUUGACAGAUGCGAUAUGUUCAACAAGUAAGAGGAAGGUGAUAAGCGCAGACGAUCUCGCCAAAGUUAUUAAGUGCUCAGCGGCUGCGACUGGUGAAGACCCAGCUCGAU